CAAAAUCCUUAUCGAAUCGUUAUCAGCUGACAACCACAAGCCACUAGCAACCACCUGUCCGGCGGCGACACACACAAUGGCACAGCCACGCACUCACGUCGUAGGCGGCCUCCGCGCCCUCCGAACCGCGAUCGUCUCGCCGUCGCCGGCGCCGCCCGCAGGCGAGCGCGCUCUACCUCUCACCUUCCUGGACGCGCAGUGGCUCAGCGCCCACCCCGUCGAGCGCGUCUUCUUCUACCGCCUCGGCCCCGGCGGCGACGACGUCGACGCCGUGCUGUCCCGGCUGGUCGAGUCGCUGGCCCGGGCGCUCCACGCCUUCUACCCGCUCGCCGGCCGCGUCCGCCUCACGCCCGGCGAGACCAACCGGUACGAGCUCUUCUACCAGCCCGGCGACGGCGUGGCGUUCACUGUCGCCGAGCACGACGGCGUCGGCGUCGGCGUCGAUGAGCUGGCGGACACGGACGAGCCGAGGGAGGUUGCCAGGAUUGCCACGUUCGUCCCGGAGCUCCCGAAGGGCGGCGCGGUGCUCGCGUUGCAGGCCACCGUGCUGCCGCCCGACCGCCGUGGCCUCGCUCUCGGCGUCACCGUCCACCACUCCGCCUGCGAUGGGGUGAGCUCGACGCACUUCCUCCACACCUGGGCCGCCGCCUGCGCCGGCGACCGGGUGCUCCCGGAGCCACCCGUCAUUGACCGCACGAUCAUCCGCGACCGCAACGACAUGUACGACGCGUUCGCCUCACCCGCGAGCGAAGCCAAACAUGCGUUCGAUUCGCCCGACGUCGCCGGCAAGCUCCUCGCCACCUUCACUCUGUCGCGACAGCAGCUGCAGAACGUCAAGGACGCCGUCGCCGGCGAGGCCGCACGUCGCGGCGUGGCGCCGCCGCGUUGCACGUCGCUCGUCGCCACGCUCGGCCUCACGUGGCUGUGCUUCCGCCGCGCUGGGCCCGACGGCGAAGAAGGGCCUCGCGGUGACGGCCGCGCCCACCUCGUCUUCCCCGUCGACCACCGGUCGCGGCUGGAGCCCCGCGUCCCCGAAAAGUACCUCGGCAACUGCAUCGGCCCGGGCUUUGCCACGGCACACGAGACGGAGCUCGCCACCACCACCACCACCGCCGAUGGCCUCUUCACGGCUUGCGCCGCGGUCGCCGCCGGCAUCGACGAGGCGGUGCGCGGCGAGCCGACAUACUGGGAGCGGUGGGUGGAGCGCAUCACCGAGGCGUGCGCGGACGACAUGUCGCUGUCCGUGGCAGGAUCGACGAGGUUCGGCGUGUACGACAUGGACUUCGGGUUCGGGAGGCCGGCGAAGGUGGAUGUCGUGUCCGUGGCGAAGACCGACGCGAUGUCGGUGGCCGAGGACCGUUCCGGCUCCGGCGGCAUCGAGGUGGGCAUCGCUCUGUCGCCGGCGCGCAUGGAGCGGUUCCGGAGGUGGCUCGCCGACGCCAUCGCCCUGCUCUCCUCGUCUUCCCACUGCAACUAGCUAGAGUGGAAUCUGCAAAAAUAAUUAAGUAUUUUGCUUGAAUUCUAGAACUUUGAAUUUAUUACCCUAAAAAAUCUAAUCCUUUGAAUCUUUUGGUAUCCUUUGAGGCUUUUGUUUGCUUUGAAUCCUUAUUAUGGGUGAAGUCUAUAAAUUAUAGGCCUCUUGCUUUAUUCAUAAUAACUUAAUUCAAUUUUGACCUUAUCUUCCAUUA